CCGUAGCCCGGCAUGGGGUCACCGCACUGCAGCCGCACACUGUCGGUGCUGGGGGGCUUUUGGGGGCCUGCUGGACCUCUUGCUGUGCCCCCACCAGCACUGCUGUGCUGUGUCAGUGCAGUGUGGGCAGGGGAAGGCGGUUGGUGUGCGGGGCAGGAGGACAUGGGGCAGUGGCUGGAGGUGGAUGAACCUCACCGACAUCCUCGGGGUCAUCAGGCAGGGGCUGCAGCCCAUCUGGAUGCAGGGCAGUGGGUGCGGAGGCUAGAAGGGAGUCAGGCAGGUUUGCAAAGGCACCAUUUGAUUGCAGGAUGAUGUGCUGGGCUGUGACCCACGGGAUCCUCAUCCCAUGUGGCUGAGCUGUGUGCACGGUGCCCCACGGGGAUCCGCAUCCCGUUUGGAUGAGCCGUGCUGGUGAACCCCUAUGGGGACACGGGGACCCCUGUGCCAUGAGGCUGAGCUGUGUGGACCGAGACCCACGGGGAUCCUCAUCCCAUGUGGGUGAGCCAUACGGACGUCCCAUGGCACCCUCAUCCCAUGUAGCUGAGCCCUGUGGGCGAUGCCCCACGAGGACCCUCAUACCACACGGCUGAGCCUCGCUGGUGACACCCUAUGGGGACACGGGGACCCUUGUGCUGCGUGGUGCCAGGCUGGGGACGUGCCCCCCACCCCCACCCCCAGCCCUGCUGCUUCUCAGUCCCGGGGGGGGGGGCUCAACCUCCCUGGGGAGCCUCAAAAACCCAACGCCCCCCAGCUGAGCUGGGACCCACACAGGGACCCGGGCCGUGUCCCCUCGCUGAGCUGGGGUCGGAUUCGUGCCUGAUCCCCUUAACGCUGCGAUGAUCAAAGAACAUCGGAGCGCUGCCCGCGGGGUCAGUGUCUGCUUACCCAUCUCCCCACCCCGCCUUCCCCGCUGCUCCUUCGGCAGUGACGGCCUUUGCUCGUCGGUUUAAAGGUGCUGAGCCCUGUUACGCACGGCGAACCCGCAGCGCAGCACUCCCGCAGCUGGGCAAAGCCACCGGGGGGGCGGACGUGGGGCUGGGGGCUCGCAGCUCCCCGUGGGCCGAACUCCCCCCGCCGCCCGAGCAUCGCUCGCUGCGCUGCGCUCGACCCCGGUCCCCACGGGGGCGCUGCGGGAUCCCGGCUGCUCGCGGGGCUGCGGGCCCGGCUCGGUGCUGCGGGACCGCCGCUGCCCGUCCGCCGCUGCCCGGCCCUGCGCACCGGCCCCAGUGCCCAUGGCUCCGUACCGCAUCCGGCUGUACCGCGACGAGGACUACGCUGCCGUGCGCUCCCUGUUUGCCCAUGGCAUCAUCGAGCACGCCCCGGCCAUCUACAGGCAUAUGCUGCGCUCCACGCGGGUGCAGCUGGGGCUGCUGGCCCUGUUCACGGCCGUGCGUGCCGCAGCUGGCAGCUGGCUGCUGGCACUGGCAGCCGUGGCGCUGGUGCUGGCGGCCGCCUGGCCCGUGAUGCGCUCCUUCAGCACGUCCUACGUGCAGGAGGCGCUGAUCACUGAUCUGUGCGACAUCGACAGCAGCUACAUGCGGGCGCCCGACUCCUGCUUCUGGGUGGUGGAGGCCGACGGGGCGGUGGUGGGAAUGGUGGCUGUGGCCCCGCCACAGGACCCGGCUCAGCGCGGGGAGGCCCUGGAGCUGAAGCGGAUGUCGGUCAGCAAGAAUCACCGCGGCCACGGCAUCUCCAAGGCGCUGUGCGGGGAGGUGCUGCGCUUCGCCCAGGCGCGGGGCUACAGAGCUGUGACGCUGUACACCUCCAUAGUGCAGGUGGUGGCUCAGCGGCUGUACGAGAAGCAGGGCUUCAGGAAGGUGGGUGCCAGCAGCCCCUCGCUGCUUGCCAGCCUGAUCUCCUUCCAGAUCUUCUAUUACCGCCUCGAGCUGCCCGGCCGCCCAUAGCGCCUUCCCUGUUCCUGUAGCACUGAGAAAUAAAGAGAGACUGUGGGAA